CCCGAGCCGGCUGCGCCCGCCGCCGGGCCGGAGCGGCGGAAAAUGAACCCCGCGGCCGCGGCCCCGCCGCCGGGCCAGCAGGUCAUCCACGUCACGCAGGACCUGGACACGGAGCUGGAGGCGCUCUUCAAUGCCGUGAUGAACCCUCGGCCCAGCUCCUGGCGCAAGAAGAUCCUGCCCGAGUCCUUCUUCAGGGAGCCCGACUCGGGCUCGCACUCGCGGCAGUCCAGCACGGAUUCGAGCGGGCCCCCGCCGCGCCCCGCGCCCGCGCACGUCCGGUCCCACUCCUCACCCGCCUCGCUGCCCGGCGCGGGCCCGGCACCGCAGCACGGCCACCUCCGGCAGCGCUCCUGCGACGUGACGGACGAGCGGCCGCUGCCGCCGGGCUGGGAGAUGGCGCUCACGCAGACCGGACAGCGCUACUUCCUCAACCACAUAGAAAAAAUCACAACAUGGCAAGAUCCUCGAAAGCCCAUGAGCCAGCAGAUGAACCACGUCAGCCGCCACCCCGCAGCCACGUCCGCUCCGAUGCCGCAGAGAUCCAUGGCAAUGUCUCAGCCAAACCUCAUGCUGAAUGCCCAGCCCCAGCUCAGCCCUCUCAGCCCUGCCAUGCUGCAGCAGAGCCGUCCCCCGCAGCCCCCGGCCCUGCUGACCCUGCCUGGAGCUCUGAGCACUCAGCAGCAGCAGCAGCAGCAGCAGCAGCAGAAACUGAGGCUGCAGAGGAUCCAGAUGGAGAGGGAGCGCAUUCGCAUGCGGCAGGAGGAGUUGCUGCGGCAGGAAGCUGCUCUGUGCAGACAACUUCCCAUGGACUCAGAAAGCAUGGUCCCAGUUCAGACAGCUGUGAGCAGCCCUGCCAUGAGCCAGGACAUGAGGGCUGUGACAAACAACGGAUCUGAUCCCUUCCUGAACAGUGGCCCGUACCAUUCCAGGGAGCAGAGUACAGACAGUGGYUUGGGAUUGGGAUGUUACAGCAUCCCAACAACCCCUGAAGAUUUCCUCAGCAACGUGGAUGAGAUGGAUACAGGAGAAACUAUAGCACAGACAUCAAUGAACAUAAAUGCACAGCAAACACGUUUUCCUGAUUUCCUCGACUGUCUUCCAGGGACAAAUGUUGAUCUUGGGACUCUGGAGUCAGAAGACUUGAUCCCCAUUUUCAACGAUGUGGAGUCAGUGCUCAACAAAAACGAGCCCUUCCUCACCUGGCUGUAACCAAGCAGUGCUUUUUGGGCCCACAGUGCAAUUCCAGUUUCUUUUUCCUCUUGAGAUAGGCACAGAAUAUCUGAAUAUUCUCAAGAGAUACAAUCUGCUGCCUUAUUGACUUUUGUAAUCUUUAGGGUCAGUUUAAUCUCUGUCUGGAUUUGAUUGAUACUAAUUUAAAACACGUUAUAUAUUUAUAUAUAAAAAUAGAUACAUUCAUAUAUAUUUCUUAAAGAAACCCCACACUACAUUUCCAUGUACAUUUUUACCUUUUCAAACCCAGCUUUUGAAAUGCUCCACUUUUUAGGACUUGUGCAUGUCCUGGCUGAUCUCCUGGGUGCUGAUGGACCUCACAGACCCUUUGGGAAUCACAAAAGCUCCACUCCUGGGUCACUGGGUUCAGAAAAAGUGCCAAGCAUCAGGACGUGAGAGCAGUUUUAUUACUGUGUUUGUGACAAAGCUUUUUUUUAUCCUUUUACUUAAGCCUUAAAAAUAUCCUUUAGUCCUUAGUAACUAACUGUUCCAUAUGGAAUACAGGUUAAAUCUGAUCCAUAUAAGGUAUAAUAAUUCCCAUUAUAUAUUUGUAAAGGCACAAACAAUACUAUAGCAGGUUUUUUUUUUCAGUAUAUUUUUCUAUAUCGUUUGCAGAAAAUAAUUUCUUUCAAAGUACCAGGAUUGUUUAGCAGCAUUUUUACACUACAAUAUUGUUACAAAAUAAAACAGGCUGGUACUGACUGUUGCCUUUUAAAAACAAAGCAAUGUAUUGUAAGCAAGCAUUUUUACAAUUUCUUGUAUUUUUAUGUUUAUUAUAUUAAGCACUACAGUUUUGUAACUUAACACAUGAACAAGCAAUUUUUUUAUAUCUAUAAAAUCCAUGGCAAGUAAAGUAUUCUUUUAAAAUCAAGUCUGGAAAGUGUGGCACAACCUGUUGAUGUCAUACGUGAGGGAACAAAGCCUUCCUCAUACUGUUUUCAGUCACGUUUUUAACUGACAAUGUCAAAAUAAAUGUAGUUGUAUUUCUGAAAAAAGCCUGUAAGUGUAUCAGGGCCCUGCUAAAGCAGCUUUGGGACUCCCCUGUAAAGCUGCUGAUUUUUUCUGUCUUUCACUCACUGUAAGAGGUGCACAGGACACGAGGUGCUGUGUGAUCCUAUCACAGAAUAUCCCACAAAUCUUCCUUMGCAGAGCUUUGGGACGGAGAAGGCUUCAAGGACACCAAGCUUGCAGUUCCCCUGAAAUGCAAAUGAAGUCCUGAAAAUGUUUUAAUGCUUAGAAAUAAUUUUAUUUGCAAUUAAUGGUUUUAAGCAUUUUGUAUUGAAAAACAGGUCUUUUAAUGAAAGGCAUUAAAAUGUUUCUCUCAGCCUAAUCCAGGCUGUUGAAAAGAGAAGAAGAGCUGUAAACGUGUUUUUGCCAGGUCUGAUAACACUUCACAAGAUGUGACUGAUGUGCCAAAUAUUGACCACUACAGACUCUUUUCCUUCYGUUUGGGUGAAGGGAGGUGAAGAGGUCAGAGAUGAAGUGCUGGGAAUGCAGAGUAGGUUUAGAAGAGAGGUAAUGAGUGUGGAUCCUUGCUGGGAAGGGGAGCUGCAAACAGAGAUACAGCAAAGGAAUCUCCAGUGAAAAACACAGCAGGAGAAUUCAACAACCAGUAAAUGAGCGCGAUGAGCUGCUGAGUGCAGGUGAUGUCACAAGAUGGAAGAGAAAAAGCACACACUGACAUUUGGAAAGAGGAGAUAGAAGGCAAAGGCCUGCAGUUGUGAAGUUCUAUUACGUAGGUAAAAGUAGCUUUUUUUUUGUUGUUUUUUAUAAAGAAAGAUGUGAGCAGAGUCGUGUCUGCAGAGAAUUUUAUUGCUGAAUGGGCAUUGUGUUCUUUUUAUUCUUUCGAGGGAUUGGGGCAGGAGUUAUUUUUGCUCGUUUUGCUGACUGUUGAGACAGCACAAACUUCUUUCCAAUAGACAGGGAACUGGGCAAGGCUGACCAAUAUUACUGGAAUUAGGUUUAAUCUCUCACUUUGAAGCAUUUCUUCAGGUUGUUCGGCCUAAAUGAAAAGCAGGAGCUCAAGCUUUGUUCUUUAGUGCCAUGACUGAUGUUGGUGGAACAAGAACUGGAGAUUUUCUGGCCAGCCUGCAGUGCCUGGUGCUGCAAUGAGCCCCAGCAGCUCUGGAUUUGAGUUACUGCAGUGAUCCAGGUGCCAGUGCCAUCAGCACACUGCCUUUAGAGAAUGUGSUUUGUUCAUUUGCAGGGAAUUUGUACCGUUGAAAUGUCAGUUUGUCCUGACAGAAGAUUUUCUGUGAGUUGGUGUGGCUGAUUCCUGCCCGGCCACAUGCAUUGUUGUCCCUCUGUAUAGGGAAAACUUUCUGUUGAAAUCACAUCAGGUAUUGAUCAGAAUGGUGAAGCUGCAAGCUUGAUUCUCUCUUUCAUUUGUGUUUCUGGUGGUUGAGUGUCUCGGUGCAGAGACUUUAAAACGGUGAAGCAAUCAUUCAUGUGCUCAUUCAAUCAAUCAUGAGCUGUGUGUCAGUGUUACUUCCACAGUGAAGCAGAUGUGGAACAGGAGGGUGCUGUGCACAGCAGCACUAAACAGUCACAGAAUCAUGGCUUAGCUCUUUACUCAGUGGUGAAGCAAAUCCCUGUUUAACUAAAAGUGAGUGUUUACACUGUCAGCUUUUCAUUUUUGUUAUGAAGAGGAUGUGUCAGAUGAAGCGUGAUUCAA